AAGGCCCCCUCUCUUGGUCGCUUUGAUGUGUUGCUGCAAUGCUUUGAAGUUGAGAAAUGUAUGCCACACUUGUUGUUUGUGGGCGAGAAAAGACCGUAGAAUGGAUAAGUAAGGCAACUCUGAGAUCGAGGAUCAAUGUUUUCGUGAUUGUGAAGGCUGUAGAAGAGACUAAUAUUGGUUGCUGUAGUUUAUCAUAGGUCUGAAAGAAGGGGAAAAGUGGGAUGUAUUCGGCAAGGUCCCCCUCUCCCGCCUCCUCGAAAUGUCGACACCCCCUCUGAUCUACAUAGAAGCAGUGCCUGCGUACUUUGGGGUCAGUUGUUGAAUGGGACAGGGUACAUUAGACUAUCCCUAUUGCAUCAAGGACACAUGUGGCUAAGUAAAUCUAGUCCACAGUCGGAUUACCAUCACUUCCAUCGGACUUUUUGUUGGAUAUAUACCACUAAAGAGGACGGAGCAUAAGCAAAUGGGAAUAGCUUUUUCUUCACUUUCUGCUGGAUUCGGGUUUMGUUUUACAAUGAGUGAAAAGGAGCCGAGAAACUCCCCCGCGGAUUUCAGAGAGUGAGGAGGAUUACAGUGGAGCUCAUAGCAGGCACAACGGCACACACGGCAACCGGAGCUGGAGCCAUGAGCAGAGCGCUUACGGWCCAUAUCAGCAGUAGCUUCCGAGAAGAUGCUCCCCGUCCMCCGGUGCCGGGGGAGGAGGGAGAGGCGUCAUGCCAUACUCCCUGCAAACAUGCCAAAAUGAGAGCCCAAAACAAGGCUAAAGCUGUCACCGUCGCGUCUCCCGGCUCCACGCCGAGGAGGAACGAGGAUGGACUCGGGGAACCUGAGGGKAGCGCGUCGCCGGAUUCACCCCUCGCCCGGUGGACCAAGUCGUUGCAUUUUCUCCUGGGUGACCAAGACGGUGCUCACCUGUUCAGGACCUUUCUUGAGCGCGAGAAAUGCGUGGACACUUUGGACUUUUGGUUCGCCUGCAAYGGGUUUAGGCAAAUGGACCUCAAUGAUACCAAAACGCUACGAGUUGCCAAAGCUAUUUUCAAGCGGUACAUUGAAAACAACAGCAUUGUUGCCAAGCAGUUGAAACCUGCCACUAAAACCUACAUAAGGGAUAGUAUUAAGAAGCAACARAUAGACUCUGCGAUGUUUGACCAAGCACAAACGGAAAUUCAGUCAACCAUGGAGGAGAAUGCGUACCAGAUGUUCUUAACUUCCGACAUAUACCUUGAAUAUGUGCACACGGGGUGCGAGAACACGGCUUAUGCCAACCAUAGCGGUCUCGGGAGCCUCAARUUGAUGUGCGGAUUUCUGCCACCUCUCAUUGAGGAAGAGGAGUGGAGUUGUGACUUGAAGGAGAAAACGUUAGCCUCUGUGGUUGGACUAUCUGCUAAUGCGCUACGGGCCACUGCUUCCAUUCGGACUGCGGCGGAAGUGCUGGAGAAUGGGUACCGGUCACACAGACGCGGAGACCCGGCCAGUCCCUACUUUGUCAACUCGGGCUAUGUGUUUGCCCCCGCCACCAGUGCCAACGACAGCGAGAUCUCCAGCGACGCCAUGACGGACGACUCCAUGUCCAUGACCGACAGUAGUGUGUCACACAGACGCGGAGACCCGGCCAGUCCCUACUUUGUCAACUCGGGCUAUGUGUUUGCCCCCGCCAGUAGGACGAUGAAGGGAAGUGAGAAGAAAGGAGCGAGAGGGGCUGCUGGCAAGGCGCGUCAGCGCCGCGCAGAGCCCCCGCUGCCUGGGGCUGGUGCAUCUUGGGAGCUCGAGCCAUCUCCAAAUCAGGAGGGAGACAUUAAAAGGAGAGCAAAGGCUGCCUCCGCUGAUGGCUUGGUCGGAGUACAGAGGGCGCAGGCGGGGGGCCCUCCUCCUCGGAGCCAGGCCAACUGCUACCCCCCCUCUAUCCCGCUACCCCACCGACCGGCAGGCGGUGCCAAGGACAGCGGGCAUGGGGAGGGGGGGGCAAACUGGGGACAACUAACUCACACACUCAAACACACACUCAAAAGUGUCCUUUCUCCCAUCUCGCCCCUACAGAGGACACACAGGCUGCCUAAGGAGAUGACGCCGGUGGAGCCCUCGGCAUUCGCCGCCCAGCUCAUCUCCAGACUGGAGAAACUGAAGAGGGAGCAGGACACCAUGAGCUCACUGGAGGAGAGGCUACAGCAGAUCCAGGAGGAGGAGGAGAGGGACGAGAGCGACCCCUCCACCACCGUCCCGCUCCACCACCCCCUGCUUCCCCCCUCGUCCGGCGCCGACGAGGACGCUCAGGCCAUCCUAGACGAGCACCUAUCCCGGGUGCUCAAGACGCCCGGGUGCCAGUCGCCCGGCGUGAUCCGCCACUCGCCCCGCUCGUGCUCUCCCGACCGGCCCUCCGCCGCCGUGGUCCCCUUCCUGGGGCCCUCGUUUCCGGGGGCCACCAAGGGCCCGUUGGCUGGGAGCAGGCAGUCGACCAAGCACAUCCACCACCACUACAUCCACCACCACACCGCCACCGGCCCCAAGAGCAAGGAGCAGAUCGAGGCUGAGGCGGCGCAGCGCAUGCAGUGCCUCUGUCCCCCAGGGGGCGCCGACUACUCCGACUUCAUCCCCGGCAGUUUGUCCAAGUGGCCGGGGAAGCCGUGCGAAGGCAUACGCCUGAGCCAGGCCAACGGCAGCGACGGGGUCACGUCCCCGCCCCACCUGCCCCUGGACUCCACGGACCGCUCGCAGAACGUCUGGCAGUGGAUCCUGGAGAGCGAGAGGCAGGGCAAGAACAAACCUCACGGCAGCACUCAGGGCCUGAAGAAGAGCCACCUCCCGGAACCCUCCACGCCCAAAACCCUUCCCGGCCGAACGCACUCUUCCUGGGGAGGCGUGGGCGGCACGGGGGGUCACCUCCGUGGAGGUCACCAUCCGGCCCACCCCUUCAUCCAGGACCCGGCCAUGCCCCCCCUGCCCCCGCCCAACACUCUGGCCCAGUUAGAAGAAGCCUGCAGGAGGCUAGAGGAGGUCUCCAAGCCCCCCAAACAGAGGCAUCCGACGUCCAGCCUUCAAAGAGACAGGAGUCAUCCUGUGCCUUUCCCCAGUGGAAACCCACCUCUGUCCAGCCCCGCACUUCAAACAGACGAGUGGAAAGAGCCAAAGAAGUCGAUCAGCGGCGUGAGCGUGUCUGGCUGUGACCCGGUGGUCACCUACUUCUUCUGUGGUGAGGAGAUCCCCUACCGCAGCAUGAUGAAGACACACAGUCUCACCCUGGGACACUUCAAGGAGCAGCUUAGCAAAAAAGGCAAUUACAGGUACUACUUCAAGAAGGCCAGCGAUGAGUUUGAGUGCGGGGCCGUGUUCGAGGAGGUAUGGGAGGACGGCGCCCUCCUGCCCAUGUACGAGGGCAAGGUCCUGGGUAAGGUGGAGAGGAUGGACUGAUGCCGCCCUUAUGCCCACCUUUACCCACCCUACCUUACCCAUCAACCAAAUACCCAACCUCCAGGGCACAGACUGUCGCGAGGAACCGGAGUGAUUGACUUGAUUGGAGGGAAACGCUCUAGACUUUCUUUUCUACUAUUAAGCUAAAUAAGAGUUAAUAUAUCCAGCACGAGGAGUGUGAUUGAAGGAACACGAGCCAAUGAAGUAUGCCGAACCCAGAAGAGGCCCCGCCCCCCUGACUUUCUAAACCAAUCAGCCUUAGAAACACAAGGGAAUGACACUACAGACAGAGAGAGAGACGGCGCCUGGAGGCCUUUAGGCUCCCUGAAUUUAACCACUGAAGAUGCAGRUGACUGUUUGUCCAUUACGAGAGACUAACGUUGCGAUUUAAAUAAUGGUAACGUUGUGAGAAAGUUGCUCCCUGAUCACCUGCGGUGGACUGGCUACAGCACCAGAAGCCCUGCGAGUGCCGUCACCUGCUCUUAUAACAUUGUGCUAACGUUGUGCAAACGUUGUUACAAAAUGAAACUUCUGUACGUGUGCAUAUACAUACAUGCAAAUAUGUGUAUAUAUACAUGUAUUAUAUUAUAUUGAUGCGUUUUUGU